GAAGCGCUGCGAGAGAGCGCUACAGUGGUGGCGGUCCUUAGGCUAAGGACUAUAGGGACUAACGCUACAGUGAACGUGAACAAAGCCCGACACCCGAGACAACCCCAGCCAGGCAGUGGCGCACGAACGAUGCCGCCGCGGCGCUGCCGCUGCUUCUGGGCUGCCCUGGCACUGUUGGCUGCCCCCUGCCGGCUGCUGGAAUCGAACGCUGGUGCGAGCGCCCCGGGCUCCCGAACGCGGCUCCGCGGACCGCGGCGCCCGACGAACGCGUCCAGCGCGCUUCAGUUGGUCCAGCCCGGCGCGGCUUCGAGCGAAGUUGUCCGUCGGCUGCCGGCGCCGACGUCGCUUGACAGGCGGCGGCUGAGCGAAUACUACGCGCAGCUUGCGAAACUGACGGCCUCCGAUGGCGAGGCGAGCGACUGGUUCGGCUGGUCCGUAGCCGUUGACGGCAACACCGUCGUGGUCGGGAAUCCGACGAGAGAUACCAAUAUAUACAACGAAGCUGGCAUAGCCUACAUCUUUCGGACGGCUGACGAGGGCGCCACCUAUGCGCAGGUGGCCAUGUACACAGGCAGCAAAGAUUACGCCAAACUCGGCUACUCCGUAGCCGUCGACGGCGACACCGUCGUGGUCGGGGCCAGGGAGGAAAAGGACUCGUCGUGCGGCUCGGGACCUUGCUUACUCGCGGGUAUUGGCAAGGCCUACGUCUUCCGCACGACCAACGGCGGCGUCACGUACGGCCAGGUGGCUAAGCUGGGGGCCUCCGACGCCAGUUAUAUGGAUUUAUUCGGCUACUCCGUGGCGAUCUCCGGCGCCACCAUCGCGAUCGGGGCCGCUAAGGCUGGGACCCCCUCGUUCGAGCCAGGCGCGGUUUACGUCUUCCGUACGAGCGACGACUGGGGCACGUACACAGAGAUCAAGCUGACGGCCUCCGACGCCGCGACGGGCGACUACUUCGGAGUAUCUGUCGCCAUCGACGGUGAGACAAUCGUGGUCGGUGCCUACACCAAGAGCUCCAGUAGAGGCGCAGCCUACGUCUUCCACACAAGCGACGGCGGCGCCACGUACGGUCAGGUGGCCAAGCUGACGGCCUCCGACGCCGCAGCAAGCGACAACUUCGGCUACUCCGUGGCGAUCGCCGGCGCCACCAUUGCGAUUGGAGCCUACGGCGACGACGACAGCGGCUCCAGCUCGGGAUCGGCCUACGUCUUCCGCACGAGCGACGGCUGGGACACGCACACAGAGAUCAAGCUGACGGCCGACGACGCCGCGACGAACGACCGCUUCGGCGGCUCCGUAGCGAUCGCCGGCAACACCAUCGUGGUGGGUGCCCACUACGAGAACGGCUACAGGGGCUCCGCCUACGUCUUCCGCACGGACGACGGCGGUGCCACGUACGACGGCGGUGUCACGAACGGCCUGGCCAAGCUGAGUGCCUCCGAUGCCGCGGCAUACGACAGCUUCGGCGGCUCCGUGGCGAUCGACGGCAACACAAUCGUGGUCGCGGCCAUGCAAGCUGGCACCGGCGGCAAGGUCUAUGCCUUCACGGCAAUGGCGGGCUACGUCAUGACCGACAGCACCAUAUACACGGCUCGCGAUGCGUGGUUUGCGGACGCGUCGGCCGCCGAGGCGACGUACGGCCACAUUUCGACUUGGGACACAUCGGGGGUGACUGACAUGGCGUAUUUGUUUUGUGCGAUACCAGGAUGGAGUGAUUGCAACACGGCCGCAUUGUCCUUCAACGAAGACAUCAGCGCAUGGGAUACCUCCAGCGUAACGAGCAUGUAUAUGAUGUUCGUCAUGGCUUCAUCGUUCAACCAACCAAUCGGCAAGUGGAGCGUCGACAGUGUCACAAGUAUGGAAAUGAUGUUCGACGGUGAUCCCGGUAACUCGGCCUUCGACCAGGACCUCGGCUGGUGCGUGGCCGACGACGUGGACACGGAGGACGCGUUCUCCAGCACCCAGUGCGAGUCGACGUCGUGCGGCGUCGCGCAAGCAGAGAACUCUGGCGAUUGCGAUAUUGCGAAGACAGGAAACAUCAUGGUCAACUGGAAAAUCAAAUGGGCAGCCGUAGCGUGGCUCGCAGACGCGACUGCCGCCGAGGCGACGUACGGGCACAUCUCGACGUGGGAGACCGGGGGGGUGACGGACAUGUCGUGGUUGUUUUGUGGGAGUAGUGAAAAUGAAGACGAAGAUGAGGAAGGGCAAUGCAACGGUGCUGCGGCAUUUAACGAGGACAUCGGCGCGUGGGAUACCUCUGGCGUUACGACCAUGGAAUACAUGUUCUAUUAUGCCUCGGCCUUCGACCAGGACAUUAGCGGCUGGAACGUUGGAGCUGUUCUCGAUAUGGAAGAGAUGUUCCAAGGCGCCUCAGCCUUCAACCAGGACCUCGGCUGGUGCGUGGCCGAUGACGUGGACCUGGACUACGCGUUCAGCGGCACCCCGUGCUCGUCGACGUCGUGCGGCAUCGCGGGAGUUGACUGCGACAUCUCGCGCACGGGCAACAUCAUGGUCAAUUGGAAAAUCAAAAUUGCCGUUGCAGCGUGGUUGGCGGACGCGACGGCCGCCGAGACGACGUACGGCCACAUUUCCACGUGGGAGACUGGCGGGGUAACGGACAUGGAUGAGUUGUUUGAGGAAGCCUCGUCUUUCAACGAGGACAUUAGCGCUUGGGAUACCUCUAGUGUAACGUCGAUGAACGAGUUGUUCCAGGACGCAUCCUCCUUCAAUCAGGACAUUGGUGGCUGGAGCGUUGGAGCUGUUAUCGAUAUGGAGGAGAUGUUCGAGUAUGCCUCGGCCUUUAACCAGGACCUCGGCUGGUGCGUGGACUAUGGCGUGGAACUGCACUCGGCGUUCAGCGGCACCCCGUGCUCGUCGACGUCGUGUGGCGUCGUGCAAGUCAGCAACCUCGCCAACUGCCCGAGGCCGACGCCAAGACCGACGCCUGGUCCGACGCCUCGCCCCACGUUUCCAAGUCCAACUCCACGGCCAUCGCAGUCUCCUUCGCCGCGCCCCACGGCGUCUCCGACGCCGAAGCCGACUCCGAUUCCUACGCCGCGGCCGACGCCCGCGCCCAGCAAGCGGCCAACGCGGCGACCGACGCCCGCGCCCAGCUUGCGCCCGACUCCCCAACCGACAUCGACGCCGACGCCGCGGCCGACGCCUGCACCCACGCCGAAGCCGUCGCCCGAGCCCAGCAAGCGCCCGACAUGGCGACCGACGCCCGCACCCUCGCCGAAGCCUACACCGCAGCCCACACCUAUGCCGACGCCGUUGCCGUCGCCGCGCCCGACCCCGAGGCCCUCGCCGCACCCGACGCCGGUGCCCGGUGAUCCCACUGCUGCGCCAGCCUUCGCGCCGACGCCUCGACCCAGCCCGCGGCCGACGCGACAGCCGACGCCGCGCCCAUCGCCGUCGCCGACCAUCACUCCUGGCGACCCGACGGCGCGCCCGGUCUUCAGCCCGACGCCGAGGCCCACUGCUCGACCAACUCGCCAGCCCACACCGAGCCCGACGCCGCGCCCGUCGCCCAGGCCGACGCCCACGCCGAGCGCGCGCCCUACGCCGAAGCCGACGCCGAAGCCGACGCCAGCGCCGACGCAAAGGCCCACGCCGCGACCCACGUCGUCGCCAACACCGCGACCCACGCCGUCGCCGACCCAGACGCCUACGCCGCGCCCGACUCCGCGCCCAUCGCCGUCGCCGACCACCACGCCGGGAAGCCCGACGGCGAGCCCGGUCUUCAGCCCGACGCCGCGCCCGACGCCGCAGCCCACGCCGCGGCCCACACCGAUUCCGAGUCCCCUGCCGACGCGGCCGCCGACGCCAGCGCCGUUGCCGGCUCCGUCGCCCAGGCCCACGCCGUCGCCUAUCCCAGCGCCGACGCCUCGGCCCUCUCAUUCGCCGUCGCCAGCGCCCACGCCGAGGCCGUCGCCCUCGCCAACCGCGACGCCCGGAAAUCCGACGGCGGCGCCCGUCUUUGCUCCGACGCCGCGGCCGACUCCGGGUCCGACGAGCAGCCCGACGGCAGCUCCGGGCUACUGCUGCUCCACCGGAGACUGCGGCGUCUGUACGGCGGUGUCGACGAAACAGGUCUGUUGGAACGGGAGAGAUCAGUGCGAGAACGACUGCGGUGAAGUAUGGUGUGUUGGCUCCUGGCAAGAACCGCUGCCCCCGACGCCGUCGCCCGUGGGCACGCCGGAAUUUAUCGUGACCGGCGACCUCACCUUCGACGGCAUCACGUACGAGACAGCGCUGGCCAGCACCAACGUGUUUGUGGCAGCGGUCGCCUCAUUGUACGAGGUGGACGAGUCUCUUGUGACCGUGGAGAUCUCCCAAGCGCGGCGCCGUCGCCUCGACGACGCUGGCGUCAUGGUGACCGUGGACAUCUCCCAAGCGCGGCGCCGUCGCCUCGACGACGCUGGCGUCGUGGUGACCUACACUAUCGAGGUUGAGACCGCGGAGGAAGCUGCAUCUGUCAGCGCGUUGAUCGAAGACAGCUCGACGGAGGACGUAAGCACAGCAGUGAAAACGGCCGCGACCGAAGCUGGUGUUGAUGAAGACUUCGCAGACGUCGAAACGACUACGGUCGGGACGCCUACGACGGCUUUGGCACCCGAGCCGGACGACGACGCCCCCGCCACCGACGACGCCCCGGCCACCAGCGCCAGCGAAGGGAGCUCCGGCGGCGGCGGCGGCGGCGGCCCAGACGCGGCGAUGGGCGCGGGCAUUGGCGCCGUGGGGGCUGUCGUCCUGCUGGCACUCUUCGGCGGCGGCGUCGUCUGGCGCAGGAGACGGACAAAGGCAGCGCUGCGGCAAGGCGACGAAGCGGCCGCGCUUCGAGGCUCCGAGGAGACCGGCUACGAUCCGAAGACCCGCGAGGCUCUGCUGCAGCGGCACAAGGACACGACGGCUGUGGUCGAACGAGGCAUGACCGUGACCUCGGCACUGCUCGGCGCUGCGAGCGGCCUGCCGCUCGUCAGACCGCUUUGCGACGUCGCCAAGGGAAUUCUCGGUGACGUCGAGGAGUUCUCGGAGAAAGCCGACGACGUCCUCGUUGCGGCGCGGCGCGUCAUCGACGUCCUGGACGUGGUUGAUCUCAUGUCGAAGAACGUCUCGAAGUGCUCAGACGGCAAAGAUAUUGCCCAAGCGAACAUGCAGCGGCUCAUCGACUUACUGAAGGAAUUCCACGCGGCCGUGCGCGCCUUCGGGCAGAAGGGCUGGCUCAAGCGCGCGUUCACCAUGCAGAGCCACGUCAAGAAGCUGGGCCGCAUCGAUAAGCGCAUCGUCGAGCAGCUGGGCGUCUUCCGGCUGAGCUACCAGUUGGCAAUUGAUGCGAAAAUGAUGGAGCGAACCUACCAGAUCGAGCAGUCCAUCACGGCGCUCGUCGCGAAGCGCGUCGUCGAGAAAGGGGAAUCCGAGGAGAAGGCGGCCGCGGCGCUCUCGGAGGACGCCGUCGCGAUUACCUCUGUUGCUGUCGAUGCUCAUGUGCCGCCGACGGAGAUCGCGACCGAAUUGCAGGAGUUCCGGCUCGAGGUACGCCAAGGUCUCGCAAAACUAGACCAGGGCAUGCGAGCCAUGUUGGAGCGCAAAAACAGCGACCGGCAGCACCUCCGAUCUAUUAUGAAGGCGGUCAACGCGGGCGUGCGGCGCGACGAGAACUUGUUGGCCGCCGUUGAGGCGGGCGCUGAAAGGGAUAAGCAGAUUCUCGCCGCGCUGAACCGCGACGGAUCAUUUAAGGAACACGUCAAAAAUAUAUCCGAUUCGCUGGAGAAAAAGCUCCAGCACGGAGCCGCGCGGCGCGACAAACGCAAGAACCUGAAGGACUUCGAGAUUAAGCCCGAAUACGUAGACCCGGAUCCAUUUGCGCGCGGCGGCCAGGCCGUCGUGCGUCUUGCCGAGUACGCGGCGGAGACGGUCUGCAUUAAAUGCAUUAAUAUGGUUGGCGUGCCCGCUGCGGAGCGCAUGAAGAUGUAUCAGUCCUUCGCGACGGAGUUGUCGAUCAUGGUUAGAUUGAGACAUCCCCGGAUCGUGCAAGUGCUGGGUAUCAUCACGACUGACGCCACGUACCUCGGUUUAGUGAUGGAGUACAUGCCGGGGGGUUCGCUGCGACAGGCGCUGGUCAAAGAGGACGAAGAAAUUACUCCGGAGUACAAACGGUUUUGGGCUUCCGACGUAGCCCAGGGCAUGGCCUACCUCUACUCGUGCAAGAUCGAGCACCGCGACCUGAAGGCCGCGAACGUCUUGCUCACGCUGGAUGGCCGCGGCAAGAUCUCUGACUUUGGGUUGGGCAAGGCCGACGAUUUGAAGACCUCUACGACGGCCAGCACGAUGCGCGACGGCGGCCUCGCGGGUACGCCCGCUUUCAUGGCGCCAGAGCUUCUUGAUGAGAACGUGUUCACGGAGAAGAGCGACGUCUACUCCUACGCUAUGGUCCUCUGGGAAAUCUACGACCGCCGCCUCCCAUGGGCGGGACUCAAGCCGCAGCAGAUCCUCUCGAAGGUGCUGAUCAAGCGCGCGCGGCCUGACAUUCCAAAGACCAUGCCUAGUGACAUGAUUUCACUCAUGAAGAGUGCGUGGGCCGACGAGCCGGACGCGCGGCCGAGCUUUUCCGACAUUUGCAAGCAGCUCAAGGCGACGACGCCGAAGCGGCCCUCCUCGACGUCCGAGAUCCGCCCCUGGAGCUCGCCGCGGGCAGCGGAACAGCGGCAAGGGUCCAUGAGAUCCAUGUUUGCUCGCGCCCUCUCGAACUUCCGGAGCACGAGCUCGCUCGACGUCGGCGGCGAUAAAGACGACGAUGACGACGACGGCGCGGCGGCGCAGGAGGCGUCCACGGCGCCUACGGCUGCCGCGCCCGCGAAAAGCUCCGCGAGUGCCAAGGGCCGCGCGCCCGUCGCCAAGAGGACCGCCACGGCCGAGACGUCGACUAAGGCGGCGCCGAGGCCUGCAGCAACCAAGAAGGCGCCGACCAAGGCGGCACCGCGGCCAGCUCCGGCAAAAACGAGCAAGACAGGGUCGAACUGGUUCAGGGGACCUACGAAGAAGGCCGCGCCCGCGGCGGAAACGGACCUGGAAGCGCCGACGAGCGCAGCGCCGGCUCAGCCACCGCCGAGGACAGACCUGGAAGCGCAGACAAGCGCGGCGCCGGCCCAGCCAGCGCCGGCGAAGGACCUCGAGGCGCAGCCGAGCGCGGCGCCGGCGCCUGCCCCGUCACCAGCGCCGUCGCGGUCGAGCUGGUUCCCGUCGCGCGCGGGCAAGACCGACAUCGAGGCCGGUCGGGCCCAGACCGCGGGCGGGCCCGCUGCACCGGUCUUCGUCGUCUCGGGCAAGAGCGGGGCGCGCCUGCGGGCGGGCGUCGAGCUGGACUCGCCGCUCGUCGCGGACCUGCCCAGCGGCACCAUUGUGACCGUGCGCGAGCGAGCGACGACGCGCGACGGCGCGGAACGGUGCUGCGUGAUUUCUGGCGACACGAUCGGCUGGCUCAGCGCGAAACUGUUGGUGGCGCUCUCGGCCGGCGACAUGGAGGCGGACGACGGACCGGCGGCGACGGCUGCGGGCACCCACAGCCACGCGACGACGAACAAGCUACGCGCCGCCAUUCGUGCGUCCACCGCGUUCGGCGCGACCGCAGACGCGCCG